AUGGCGAACGUCUAUAUAGGCGAUGACGUCCUUCGCAGCAUCCUUGCUCGACUUCCAGGAAAGCCUUUACUACGGUUCAGAUGCGCGUCAAAGCAUUGGAAUCGUCUAAUUUCAGACCCAUAUUUUAUGAAGUCGAGAUCACGUAGAAUGGUCCUUUUCCCGUUACUAAAGCCUCUUGUUGCUAUAGACGAAAACGUACCGGUAGAAGACAAUACUCAUUCCAUGGUCAGAAUACCUCCUCCUUUAGAACCAGAAUUAGUAUCAGAACUUACCAUUGUUGGAACAUUCAGUGGCAUUGUGCUUUUGGCUAUUAGGCGGCCUCCAGCUAUUCCUUGUCCUUAUAGGUUCCUUAUGUGUGACUUGAUCCUAUACAAUCCCUUAACACGUGCAUCCAAGGUAGUUGCGAAUAUGAAACAACAUUCUUUCAUUGGUCAUGUUUUAUCCGAUGUGUUUGGAUUUGGCCAUGGUGAGAACCCACAUGACUUAAAGAUUGUUAGAUUUGACUAUAUGCUCCGUACCAAAUGUUACCGAUGGGACGUCUUUGAUCUUAAAACUAGUUCAUGGAGCAAACCACAAUUCACUGAACGGGAAUUUUAUUUUUGGGGUGAUGCGGGUGUGUUUCUAAAUGGCUUUUUGUAUUGGGUAACUUCAAUACAACACUGUUUCAACAUCUUGGCCCUCAAUGUUAAGGAGAUGGGAUUUUUGAAGAUAAAACUUUCUCAUGGACUCGACCCUGAAAUGCUUCUUUUGGGAUCCAUAGGUGGAUGCCUUUGCACGAUUAACAAAAGUACUACUGGAUUUGAUGUGUGGUUGAUGAAACAACAGUGUGAUGAGAACUCGUGGAUGAAAGCACAUUCAUUCAAUUUCGGUUUGGAAGGUAACAGGUUCUACCCUAUUUGUGUUUUGGGUAACGGAAAAAUUCUUAUGACAUGUAGCUCAAUCCAAUUUGUUAUCUAUGACACGUCAAAAGAUUCAUAUAAGACGCUCAACGCUUUGGAAACUCUUGAUCAUAUCGACAGGAUGAUUUUUGUUUGCAAGGGGGUAUACGGUACUUCUCAAUUCAAGUGUGGAACAACGUUCUGUGGGACCUACAAAUAUCUGGAGCAACAAGCUUGCAACUUUGAUAUCAAGACCAUGGGAAAGGAGGUGAUCGCUAAAGUGAAACCAGUGGUCAAGGGUGUAAAACUGGUGAAGAUAAGAGGGGAUCUCAGUCGUUGA